AACCGCAGCGCGCGCACGUCACGGCCCCUCCCGGAAGUGUGGGCCAUGGAGGAGCAGGGUCGGCAAGGGGACCCCGCGACCCUCCCGAAAGCAGAGGACACGGAGAGGAGGAGCAAGGAGAAGUUGGGCCUCUCCGUCAACUACCGCCCCUCGCCACUACAAAUCAAAAUCCAGCGUCAGAGGGAGGGAGUCCGGAGGACCGAAGGACGCAACGGCACCGCCGGGAAGACGCCCGUGCGCCGCUCGCCAAACAGCCGCUCCGUCUUGUCCCGCGCACGGCUGCUGGUUCCCAACAAGGGCUACGAGGCCGUGGGGCAGAGUGCCGACCACCGGCCACUUGUGCAGUUCGACUCCGACAGUGAGGAAGAGCUGGACAUGUCGCAGCACUCGUCGGGGUACUCCUCGUCAGAGAUCAACCCUGACCUGAGCCGGCAGCUGCUGAAGGACGGGUACCGGCUCGACGAGGUUCCCGACGAUGAGGACCUGGACCUCAUCCCGCCGCGACCCGUCGGCCAAGCCUGCAUGUGCUGCUGCAGCUCGUGCACCGUGCAGUAACCGCGGGGGGUCGGCAGCUGUGCUGGCCGCCACGACCGGGGACGGCGGUCAUCGUGGUGACGGUGACGACCGAGGGUGAUGGUCGUCACGGUGGUGACGGUGGUGACGGUCGUCACGGCGACGGUGAUGGUGACGAACCGGGGACUGCGGUCGUCAUGGCGAUGAACGAACAAUCGCAAAUCGAGCGGCACGCUGGCCUCCGCGUGACCUCGCUUUCCCCGAGGGAGACCCUACGUGGUCCAUCACGGGUUUUGUCUCCGGUUGCCGCGGCAACAAUUUAGCGAGCUCUCGCGCCGAACAAUCUGGUCAGGUUUCCAGCAGCUGUCCGGAAUGGCAAUGGCGACGGCGCCUUCUUCUUGCCCCAAGUUCCCGGCUGCCCCCCUCUCCUUGGUCAUGGGCUUGCGCAUGUGCGUGCUCGCACCUUCACAAGCGCGCUCGUGCUGCGACGACAUAUAGAUACUUUUUUUGUUUACCACUUUAUUUUAUUGCCUUUGUGCAGAUGAAAAGGUCAGUUGGCCUGCAGUUCUGGCCGAUGUUGAGCAAUAAUGUGAUGCCGCCCCAUGCCUUGCGUGCGGUGCUGUAUUUGUGCGUCUGUGUGCAUGUGUGUGCAUGUGUGUGUGGCGGCUGUUGUGUGUGUGUGUGGAGAGCGGUGGCACAGCGGUUAGCGAUCCGAGAUCAAUUCUUAUGGCCAACACCAGUGACGGAUAUCUGAACCAGUCCUAGCCUCCCCGAGGUCGACUCAGCCUUAAAAAUUAGUACUUUAUGCGGUGAGUAAAAAUCUACAUUUGAGGAGACAAAGGCGGCCAGGCAUGGUGAAGACCACACCACCACCUCGUGUGCUGUGCUGGCAUUCAUAGGUGCUUGCUAACAGCAUUUGCCUCUAUAGUCUGUUGAGGCUACAUGGGGAAUCUUCAUGUGUGUGUGUGCGUGUGUAUGUGCACAGUGUUCUGAGUGUUUAAUCUGACUGCAUUCCACAGAAUUUACUCUUUAGCUUUGUCUCCUACAUUGACGUAUUUUUUUUACGUAUCGAAGGAUGUAUUUAUUGUGAGUACCCAUCCAGCCCGGGACAUGGUUCCUUCAUCAGAGCUGGCCUGGCCGAAGAAACUACUGAGUGUGCAGUAUUUACCUAAUGCUGCAGAGGCAUGCUGAAGAGCCCAAACAUGGACGUUACCCAACCCCGUGACCACCUAACCCUGACCUCGCCCAAUAUGCUCGCCCAAUAUGCUCGCCCAAUUUCAAUUCUUACCGUGACCCUGACCCCCUUGCCCCCAGCCCACUUAUUUAUUGUUGCCCAUCUGUCAGGGCCGUAAUGAGGCUAGAGCAGAUUGGCGUGAUUUGUCACCGGUAGUUGUUGACGCACCGAGAUAGAUUUGAUCGCUGCUCCCACGAAUGUGCAACAAAGGCGGCAGCUUCCAAUGACUUCACAGGCAAAGGUCACGCGGACCACCCUGCCCAAGGUUGUGCGCUGCUCUAGACCAAUCACUGUUCGUCGAACGUACUUGUCGGCAAGAUUGGCCAGACACGACCCUGCCACUCGAUACCGCUGCCUGUGCCAGGUCGCCGCAGUCGCUCAGAAAUCGUUUUUUCCUAUGACAGUUGCUGGCUACGAUUGCCAUAAAAUUGCCCUCGUUCAUCAUGGCCCCUGGCGAUAUAUCGUGGUCGUGCAUGGGGACCUAAGUAGUUUCAGCCGUGUCUGUUGGGGUCAGCGACCCAGAAAAUAUUUCUACACCCGAUACCCCACAUCCAGGAUACCUCUCACUAUGAUUGUGGCUACCACCACUAGUCACAGUCACGUACCACCUACUCCAUACUCCCAGCGACCCGGGAAAAUAUAUUCGGUGAAAAAUUUAGUCCUGGGUCCAUCCCAAGCUCCGUGCUGUGGGUGGAGAGGGUGCAGGGGCUGUAAUAUCGAGCUGGAGUGGAGUGGGGAUGGGGAGGGGGAUGUCUGUGUGUGUGUGCAGCGUUCCCACUUGCUGGGUUGCGGGGUGUGUGUGUGUGCACGUACGCCUGUGCUUGCGUGUCGCGUGCCCUCUGCAGUGCAUGUCGCAUGUUCAUCGAACUGGCUGGGGGGGGGGAGCUUUGUGUUUAUUUACACCCCAUUUUUCCACGCUUUGCCACACAGAUCCAUUCAUCAAUCUUCGUAGUGUUCACAAAAUGACGCUCUUCCCAACCGGACCGAUCUGACCGGCACGCUGUCAGUCUUUAGGUUUUUUUAAACCCCUGUAUUUGGUAGGACGCCCUCUCCACCAGCACAGGUGCAAUCACGCAAUCACAGGGCUGCACGUUUGACCGUUUACUGCACAAGGAUGUAAAAUACGUGAAUCGUACUGCCUUGUAAAAGACUUUGGUGAGAGUUGAAUAUUUGAUGUGAUUUUCAAUAUGAGAAUCGGUAUGCGGUGACAUGCUUUGAAAACCAUUCACCUACCACUUAACAAAAACUCAAAGUAGAAUCAAUAAGACUGGCCCUUUAAGGGAAAAAAUAUAUUUAAAAAUAUAUAAUAGGCGAUGUUUUGGGCAAUGACCCUUCAUGUCACACUUAAUUUCGGUAGCGUUGGUAAGUGCGGCAUCAUGCCAGAGCGCCCACGGAAUCGGGAGUGUAUGCUCACAAUCCAAGUGGUGUUUGAUUCCCAUGUUUUAAUAAUAUCUGUAUGGAAUCUGAUCCCACGUGAAGCAUCAUUGAGUUUGUAUAUAAUCCACGUGCAAUUGUUAUUUAUCCUAACAAGUGCAUUUCGAUUAAAAACAACUUGUUCCUUCUUGAGGGCGCAAUACGCUGUCCACGUUACCCUUGGCAGGCAACCGCACAUUAACACGCCCACACACACCUACUCCUGUCACCGCAGGAGGCCCUUGCAGUGACACAAAGUUUAUUUUAAUUUUGUUUAAUCAGGUGAGAACUCGGGAGACCAGGAGAAGUUUAAUUUGCAAGAGUGACUCUUGACCGAGCAUAUCCCUAAAAUUGUACACGCGAUCUUGCCAGGCCAAAAUGUCACCGUCCCUCCUGGUACCCAAUUGAUGCGGCCAUUUAGAAGUGGUAGGCCUCGUGUGACCCAUGGGCCGCGAUUUCAUUUUUUGGAACCUUAUUCAAGAUGCGUGGAAGGGUCUGCUUCACGAGCAUAAAAACAAUGUAAGAUGCAAGUCCAUCAGCCUCUUGGUCUUAUAAAAAUCAAUCAACGCUGGUGUCGCCUCUCUGAAUCUCAUCAGCAGGGCGUACUCCGGUUAGGAUUAAGAUACUCAAAAGGGCAAUACCGGUUCAGGAUUCAUCUGCCGAUUCAUCUGUUGCAGGAAGUGUUUUAGAAGCCCCCCAGGUUUUUGGAGCAGUGUGUAUUUACGACAGAGAUAUGUCUUGCUUUAUUUGUUACCUAACGUCCACCAGCGGUUAACACAUUUCGUCAGGCGGCGGUCGGCGAUGGACGCCUGUAAUCCAACACUGGAGGCGAGGGUUGGUGGAUCACACACAGAUGGUGGGAAACUCCCUUUCGGUGUUGAGGAGGAGGAGCGAUUGCCUGGCUCGCCAGGCGAAGGUGGUACAGAAAAAUGGGGGAAAAUGUUCCAUCGUUAUUGGAUAAGAGCGUUGCCCCUCGUGGGCAUGUGUUGUCUCCGGAUACUCCAGUUUCGUCCCACUUGCAGACAUUCAUUGGCUGUUAACGCCUUCAUUAUGUCGAGGACCACCGGCUCGCUGCCUUCUCUCUUUUGGUUCCUCGUGUCUCCGCGGCGUUCUGUGUUUUCGAGAGUGAGCAAAUGGUGUGCGUUACAAGUUGUUAUAAUCGGCGAUGAUCAAUCCGCUGCUGAAUGAAGACCUCCCCAAUUCAUCGCCACCUCUGGCAUUUUGCACAAUUAAUGCUGAAUGCUGUAGGAUGGAGCGGUGGUGCAACGGUUAGCAAAAUGCACUGUGACCUCGAUCGGCCGAGUUCGAGUUCCGGCGAUAUCAAAACUCGUUCUGAGCCUCCCCCCACCAGCCAGCCCCUUUACUAUACCGAACUGGCCAGCGUGGUGAGGUAUGACCCCCCCCCCCCCCCCCCACGACCGGCGGGGAGGGGGAGCCCUUCAUCCAGCAGUGGGUCCACGGUGGCUGUGGUUGUCUACCCCGUGCAUCUCGCCCUGCUCCUGCUGCUGCCCUGUGACCCUUGCCUGUACAUUACUCUCGUCUCGUGAAACAUUGACGGUUACAUUGUGUACACGCUGCUGGACUCUUACAAAAUAAACGCGAGUGAACGAC